GACACAAAAAGUUAGGUUAUGUUAUUGCUCAGUUCAGUUAGUGUGUUGAUUUACCAAUGCAUAGUAAUUUGCGUACUAUUAUUGUAAUUGUAAAGUUUUAUUAGACUAUGAUGCUUCGUAAACUUGCUCUCCUCACUUCUAACUGUCUCUGUAAGCGUUCAUCGAAGGUUUCAUUUAUUGAUACUAUUUUCUUUAAUAUUUCCAAUAGAAGUGUGCAAUUAGAUUCUGUCAAAUUCCGUUAUACGAAAAAAGAUAAGAAGUUUUAUAGAUUUAAAAAAUCAGAAGACACUGUAAAACAAAUAUAUGACGCAUUCCUGAUAUUAGAUUUUGAAAGCACAUGUAUGGAAGGAUUUGGCACGUUGAAAGAGCAGGAAAUAAUCGAGUUUCCAUGUCUGUGGUUAGAUGGCAAAACUUUGCAAGUGACUUCACAGUUUCAUCAGUUUGUUAAACCAAAACUUUGUGAACAAUUGGAUCCAUUCUGUGUUACGCUCACUGGAAUAAACGACGAUACUCUUGCCGACCAACCUCACUUUGAAACAGUGCUCAAAGACUUCCUGGACUGGUUCGAGCAACAAAAAACUGUCAACAAUGCCGAGAAACCAGUGUUUGUCACUUCCGGGGACUGGGAUCUGAAAGUGAUGUUGCCAAUGCAAUGUCAGCACUCCGAUAUACCAGUUCCCACCCAAAUGACAAAAUGGAUAAAUAUAAAAGAAUCUUUUUCAAUUUCAACCGGUACUUAUCCUUAUGGACUGAAGCAUAUGUUGGAAAUUCUAGAACUUCCUUUCGAGGGACGGCUACAUAGUGGAAUAGAUGAUUGUAAAAAUAUAGCGAAUAUUGUUAAGAAACUAGCUGAAGGCGGAUUAGUUCUUGGAGCAACAUAAUGUUUAGUAUUACAAUCGAAAGGGUAAAUUCUGUUAAAUACUCAAUCAUGUGAAUUCGUCGGUUAUUGAAUAAAUUGUUGAUGAAUCACAUCAA